UACGUACACUAGCACUAGCAGCAGCCAGCUCUAGCACGCAGUUAACUAGACACAAAGAUCGAGAUCCAAGAGCAGUAGUUAAGGAGGAAGAUGCCGCAGACGCCAUCGACCCGUUGGUGCCCGACGCCUGAGCAGCUGAUGAUCCUGGAGGAGAUGUACCGGAGCGGCGUGCGCACACCUAACGCGGCGGAGAUCCAGCAGAUCACGGCGCACCUCGCCUACUACGGCCGCAUCGAGGGAAAGAACGUCUUCUACUGGUUCCAGAACCACAAGGCCCGCGAGCGCCAGCGUCUCCGUCGCCGCCUCUGCGCCCGCCACCAGCAACCCUCCUCCCCGGCGGCUCCUCCUCCUCCUCCUCCUCCUCAUACUGGUGCUGCCGGUGGCGGAGGCAAUGCUGCUGGUGCUGGUGCGGGCGUGAACGUGAUGCACCCCGCGGUGAUGCAGCUGCACCAUCACCACCACACAUACGCUACCAGCUGCUUCAUGGCGCCUCAGGGCUACUUGGAGCAGGAAACAGCAGCAGCAGGAGCUCUUCCAGUUUCGGGGUUGGAGUUUGCAGGCAAGACAAGCCAGCAGCAGGAAUGGAUGGCGCAGGAGCAGAUGGUGAUGGAGAACAGCAACAUUAACAACAGUGUAGCAGCAGCUGGAGGCAGCUCCGCAUCGGCCGGCGGUGGUAUGAAUAAUAUGACCCCGCCGCCAUGGCCAUGCUGCCGGCCGCUCAGAACCCUAGAGCUCUUCCCUACAAAGAGCACCGGUGGCGGCCUCAGGGACGAGUGCAGCAGCUCCAAGUCCUCCUCUUGCUCCACCUCCACAAACUAGCUAGCUUGACAUGAUCUCUAGCUACUUCACUAUAUAUUAUCUCUAGCUAAAGUUACCUGUGGGUUUUCCUGGCGAUGUGUGUGUUUUUAGUUUUAUUUUAGUUUUUUUACGGACCUGCUCCCUUCUAAUACGGUGAGCAGUGUGUUGCCUGUGUUUGACUUGACGCAUUGAUGCUAAGUAUUUUGUUUCCUAAGUUGUGCCGUUGAGUUUGUAAGCCCAGCGUGUUGCUAGUUUUUGUAACAUGUAUUCUUAAGUCCACUACUUGCUAGGUUGCUUUUGGCAUUGUAGUGAAAUAAUAUAAUUAUUUAUC